UAAUAUGCGGACAGUCAGCAACAGCUGGAUCACACUGAGCACACAGACUAGAGCGAGAGACGUGAGAGUAGUUCAGUAGAAGUGGUUUUUAACAGCUUUGGACAACAUGCAUCUGCUUUGGAGAAUAAAUGUUUUUGACUUAUUUUUCAGUCUGUUUUUGAUUUAUCUCAAAUGCAACAGCAUAACAGGGGUUAAGAUUAUUAGUCAUGAUGCAUCAGUCAAAAAAGGAGGAAAUAUCACUUUGUCUUGUCAUCUGAUUGAAACAGAGAAUAAUUUAACUCAUAUUGUCUGGCAGAAACAGACAAGAGAAAACCCUAAACAGGAAACCUUUUUAAUCAUUGACAAAGAUGGUAAAACUGAACACAAAAACGAUUUACUGGACAAGGUCAAAUUUAUUGGGAAUAUUAAAGAGAAGAAUGGAUCGGUUCAGCUGCUGGGAAUGACACUGAUGGAUGAUGGGAUCUAUACUUGUAUCUUCAUAUUUCCUAGUGGAAAAAAUCAGACAAACAUCAAUGUCACCGUACUUGUUCCUCCGGUGGGAAAUGUUACAGGGAAGACACUUGUUUCAAGUCAUUUCAACAUUAUUUUGGCAUCAUGUGUCGCUUCCAAUGGCCGGCCUGCAGCAGAGGUGUUUUGGAGAUUAGGAGCUCUAAAUGACUCACUGAGGACAGAAAUCGGCUACACAGAGCACACAGAUGGAAGCGUCACGGCUGUGUCCCAAAUACUUGGUGCACCAUCUAAAGAUUUAAACCAGAAGAAGAUCCAGUGUGUGGUAAAACACAGCACACUGACAAAGGAGCUAGAACUUGACUACAUAAUAAAUGUCCACUAUCCCCCAGAAUUGGUGGUGAUAUCUCCUGAUGAUCCAACACAGACUCAAGAAUAUCUUUGUUCAGUGGAUUGUAACCCAACACCAACCAGCUACAUCUGGAUCAAAGUGAAUGGAAGUACUCCUCGUUCUGAAGGAAACAAGCUUUUCAUCCCAAAAUCUUCCUCUGAUUUUAAUGGUGUAUACAUCUGUACGGCAUCAAACCGGUAUGGAAGUGCUUCAGGUUUCCUCUAUGUGAAUAACACUGGAUCCACUGAUGACUGUUGGCUUCUUCUUGGUUUGGUCUUCAGCUGUGCCGUCCUGUGGAUUUCUCUGGCCUACAUAUUGAGCAGUGGUGGGAAAAUGCCUCAUGUUCCACACUCAAGUAAAAGUACAGUAAAAGUAAACACUUUUAAUUAGGCAUCAUCAUAUGUAAACUCGUGGUAAAUGUCAGUCACAGCCAGACUGAGGUGCCGAGUAGUGCUGGGGAAGUUUACU